GUGCGUUUUAGUAAGGCGGCGCGGCGGGGAUAGCGGAGUCGAGCAGCAGCCGCCGUCGAGUUAACAGCAGAGAAAAGACAGGCCCCGCACAUCCAACAUGGGUGACGAAGGAAAGUUAUUUGUCGGCGGCCUCAACUUCGAGACGGACGAGCAGGCCCUGGAAGAGGUGUUCUGCAAGUACGGGCAGAUCAACGAGGUCCGCGUCAUCAAGGACCGAGAUACCCAGUCGUCCCGAGGCUUCGGUUUCAUUACCUUCGAGAACCCGGGCGAUGCCCGCGACGCCAUGCAGGCAAUGAACGGCAAGUCCCUGGACGGUCGCACCAUCCGGGUGGACCACGCCGAGAAAAAAUCGGGCGGUGGUGGAGGCGGCGGCUACGGCGGCGGCGGACGAAGCUACGGCCGAGGGCGAGGCGCAGGCAGCGGAGGCUACGGCUACCGGCAGUACGACACGAGGGACAGCUACUACCAGCGCGGCGAAGGCUACUCUCGGGGCCGAGGCUACGGAAACCGCAGCACGUACCAAUGUUUAGGUAUCGGGGAGCAUGGCCGCUGCUCCACGCGGAAAGAGCUGCUUCACUGCGGCACUUGGCGCUCGGGUGGAGGGGAGGAGCCGAUCGUGGCGGCCGCCCUACACUGCAGCGUGCGCCUGCGAUCGGCCUGUUAUUUCAUCUGCUUGAUGGCGGAAACCUUAAUUACUAGAAAAAUCGGGGUUUUCGAGGCACCGGGACAGGCGGAGAAUGAAGUGAUACCGACCAUUGUAGACGGAUGGGGAUUAGUUAAACGGACAUGGUCGACGCAGACGUUUUAUGCGUCUGUAAAUGCUAACGAGGCUCUGCAUGUUAAAAUCGUAAUCGAGGGGAAUUUCAGUGAUUGUAUUCCAGAUAAUAAUGGUCUUCUGAAAGCGGAUGAGAACCAUAAGCUGGCAUUGGGAGAGGUUGAAGAUGUCUACAAAUAUACCUGCCAGCUGGUCAACUCAGGUUCUGAGGGCACAGCCAGUGACUUCAUGGCAGAAGUGGGGAAAUUAAAGAGCGUUUAUGACCGACCCUAUGCUGUGGUGAUGGUGAGGGGGCCGGAGAUUAAUAGAUUACCCUCGGGUCGAAGCCGGAUCUCCCUCCCCAAAAUGGCGGGCUCCACCUCCCGCGACGUGGGGGUGCGCACUUUCGUUCGUCAGUGCAAAGGAGCGGCCGCUGCUCACUCCGUCGAUCUGGGGAAAAAUACCCCGCCAAAAAAACAACCAACCAGAAUCAUGAAUGACGAACGCAAGCUAUUCGUCGGCGGCCUGAGCUUCGAGACGGACGAGCCGGCCCUGGAGUCCGUCUUCUCUAAGUACGGGGAGAUCGUGGACACCCGUGUGAUCAAGGACAAGGCGAGCCUGGCUUCCCGCGGCUUCGGCUUCAUCACCUUCGAGAACCCGGAGGAUGCAACCGAGGCCCUGCAGGCCAUGAACGGCAAGAUGGUCGACGGACGCCAAAUACGUGUCGACCACGCCGAGAAGAAAUCUAGUGACGGCGGCUACGGCGGAGGCCGCGGCGGCGGCGGCGGCGGCUACAGACGAGGCGGCUAUGGAGGCAGCGGUUAUACUGGCGGCUCCUACGGCAGCAGCAGCAGCUACGGCAGCGGUGGAUACGGCGGCGGAAAUGGAGGCGGCUAUGGCUCAGGCGGCUACCGACAGUACGACAAGUCGAGCGGAGGCGGAGGUGGCGGUGGCGGCGGCGGCUACAACAACCGGAGCACUGGUAGUUCCCGCGGCGCUAGUUACGACCGGUACCAGUCCAGCAGAUAG